UCGCAUUUUUAUUCCUGUUUCGGUUGCGGUAAAAUUCUUUCGAAAUCUAACUACUUUGUACAUAUCUAUCACGCCGGUAAUAGUAGUCAUGGAUGACUCCGCGAUGCAAAAUGUACCGAAUCCGCCGGAUCUCGUCCGCUCCCGGUCGUACAGUGAUUUGUCCAUGCUUGAUCCUGCCUUCGAUGAUUUAAUGAGAAAAGCUGUCGAGAAGAGCUCGUAUGUCAAGCGUUUCAAGCCCUUUACACGACGGUUGGUAUUGCAAUCUUUCACCCGCAGCCUGUUGUUCUGCAUAGCUUUUGCAAUUAUGCGAGACCUAUCGCACGACAAGCGUGAAAACCAGGAAGGCGAACACCAACAGCAGCCAAGCCAACGUCCGUUCCUCCUAGAGUAUCUCCCUUUCGCUAUCGGCGGAUGUGCUGGUUUCGCCUUUGCCGAUUUCGGCAAUGCUGUCUUCCUGUGGUACAGUACACGCAAGAUGCGCGGGCAGUGGUUUUUGUCGGCUGCCAAUAUGCGAGACGGAAUGUGGGUGUCUGUUGGCUGGUUUGAAAGCGACUGUUUGCUACUGAACACGGGACUGUAUUUAACGACCACCGUACUGUCCACGAUCACCACGGUGCUGGUCGUGGGGAUUGUCGAGUUCUAUGUUCCGGGAUUCUUCCUUUCUCUAUGGUGGCAUGUCGUCCAUGUUCUGUGGCACCAUUACAUCCUGCAUGUACCGGCCCGGCUCGAACUGAUAUUCGUUAUUCUACCAUGUGCCGGCUUAGUGGUGGCGGACUUUGUUACCGUUUGGUACUGUCACCGAGCCAUUCUGCAGUUUCGACAAAUUUGCCGGGUGGACUGGCACGACGAUUUUGACUUUGAUUGGUCGAUCAUUGUUGACCGAGUGUACUACAGCGCACUGGACCUUGUCAAUUGGUCGGUCAUCUGGGUGGG